AUGAGGCAAUCAAAGCUGGGAGCACUGGCGGCAAGGCCGUGGUUGUUACUCCUCUGCCUCGCGCUCGCGCGAGCUGCCACCGCCACUGAGACCGGUGGUUUCAUCAGCAUCGACUGCGGCUUCCCGGGGACGACGAGCUACGUGGACGACACCACCACGCUGUCGUACGCCCCGGACGCCGCGUUCACCGACGACGCCGGCGAGAACUACAACAUCUCGGCUGCGCACGUCACGCCGGAGCUUGCGAGGAUCUACCGCGACGUGCGCAGCUUCGUCGAUGGCGCGCGUAACUGCUACACGCUCCGGUCCCUCGCGGUUGGGCUCAAGUACCUCCUCCGCGCCAGCUUCAUGUACGGCAACUACGACGGCCUCAACCGGCCGCCCGUCUUCGACCUCUACAUAGGCGUCAACCUGUGGAAGACGGUGAACGUGUCGGACCCGCCGGACGCCCGAGUCGUCGCGGAGGCCAUCGUUGUCGUGCCGGACGACUUCGUCCAGGUUUGCCUGGUGAACACCGGCUCCGGGACGCCGUUCAUCUCCGGGCUGGAGCUGAGGCCUCUCAAGAGCUCCAUCUACCCGCAAGUGAACCUGACACAGGGACUGGUCCUGCUAGGCAGGCGCAACUUCGGCCCGACUGAUAGUACAGACAUUGUCAGGUACCCUGACGAUCCAUACGACAGAGUAUGGAUACCUAUAAUUGACGCCACCGACUGGACCGUGAUAUCCACGACGGAAACGGUGCAGAACGAAUACCAUGACCUCUUCGAGGCGCCGUCUAAGGUGAUGCAGACGGCGAUCACACCGCGUGACGCUGCCAACAGCAUCAACUUCCACUGGGACUCUAAGCCGCAGUCCAAGGGCCCGUCGCUUGGGUACAUACCGGUCUUCCACUUCGCCGAUGUGCUGCAGGGCGGCGGCGUUCGCCAGUUCAACAUCAACAUCAACGACAAGCCGUGGUCUCAAUAUUACACGCCAUGGCACCUCUACAGUGGCUAUGUCUAUGGUACCAGCCCUUAUAGUAGCGACCAGACCCGGUAUAACGUCUCCAUCGUCAAGACAGCCAACUCAACGCUGCCGCCUAUCAUCAACGCCGCCGAGGUUUUCACCGUCAUCUCCACCACCGACGUUGGCACGGACUCGGAGGACGUCUCUGCUAUGAUGGCUAUCAAGGCGAAGUAUCAGGUGAAGAAAAACUGGAUGGGAGACCCGUGCGUUGCGGAGACUUUUAGGUGGGAUGGUCUGACGUGCAGCUAUGCCAUUUCCAGUCCUCCAAAAAUUACUGGCGUAAACAUGUCGUUCAGUGGUCUGAACGGUGACAUAUCAUCUGCUUUCGCAAAUCUCAAGGCCGUCCAAUCCUUGGAUUUGUCGCACAACAACCUGACGGGCUCAAUUCCUAGCGCCCUGUCACAAUUACCGUCACUGACAACUCUAGAUUUGACGGGGAAUCAGCUCAGCGGAUCAAUCCCCCCUGGACUUCUCAAAAAAAUCCAAGACGGCUCCUUAAAUCUAAUUUAUGCCGAUAAUCCAAACCUUUGCACCAACGGGGAUUCAUGUCAGACGGAGAAAGGAAAGAGCAAGGUAGCCAUCUACGUCGCUGUUCCUAUGGCUCUGGUUGUGGUGGCACUGACAGUACUGCUAUGUUGUUUGCUGCUGCGGCGAAAUAAGCGAGGGUCAGUGGACGUCUCUGUGAAGCCCCGGGACAAGACUUCGACGAGCCUUGCUCUAAUUGUUGCAGGCGACGAACACAGACGCAGCUCGCUGCGGCUUGAGAACCGCCGGUUCACAUACGAGGACCUAGAGAUGAUCACCAACAACUUCCAGCGUGUAAUUGGCCGGGGCGGCUUUGGAUACGUCUACGAGGGCUUCUUGGAGGAUGGCACUCAGGUGGCGGUCAAGAUAAGGUCUCAGUCGUCCAAUCAGGGUGCCAAGGAGUUCCUCACGGAGGCACAGAUCUUGACACGGAUCCAUCACAAGAAUCUCGUGUCCAUGAUCGGUUACUGCAAAGAUGGGGUGUACAUGGCGCUCGUGUACGAGUACAUGUCAGAAGGAUCCCUGCAAGAGCACAUUGCAGGGCUAGAGUAUCUGCACAAGGGCUGCAACCCGCCUCUCAUUCACAGGGACGUGAAGACAACCAACAUCCUACUGAAUGCGAAACUGGAGGCCAAGGUUGCUGAUUUUGGCUUAUCAAAGGCUUUGGAUCGUGACAUCUACACUCAUGCGUCCACAAACACACUUGUUGGCACACCAGGAUACGUCGAUCCAGAGUACCAGGCAACAAUGCAGCCAACCACUAAGAGCGAUGUGUACAGUUUCGGCGUGGUGCUGCUAGAACUGGUCACAGGGAGGCUUCCUAUCUUGCACAGCCCUCAGCCCACCAGCGUCAUCCAGUGGACACGGCAGCACCUGGCACGCGGCGACAUCGAGGGCGUGGUGGACGCGUCCAUGGGAGGCGACCAUGAUGUCAACAGCGUGUGGAAAGCCACGGAGAUCGCGCUCCAGUGCACCGAGCAAGCGUCGGCGCAGCGCCCCACCAUGACCGACGUGGUGGCGCAGCUCCUGGAGUGCCUCGAUCUCGAGAAGGGGCGCACCGGGGGCGACGCCAACAUAAGCUUCUUCUCCAACGGAGACAGCGGCGACACGACCUUGGGUUACAAUGCGCACGUUGCUAACCAAUCCACUGACAUGAGCCAGAGCAGUGCAUUGGCUACAGGUCCUGCCACGAGGUAA